CGAACAAUCUCAAUUGCAGCCUAUAAUGUGGCCCUGUCUUUUUCUCUCUCUCUCUCUCUCUCCCCUAUCUAUGACACCCACCGGCUGCCGCUGUUUGAUGCUGUUCCUUAGUUUUGGGUUCUUCUACUCCGCCCCAAAUGCUAUUGUAGGAAGGGAAGACGAAGCAUCUAUCGAAGCAACUCAGUCCAACGAGUAUUCUAACGAUCCGUAUUAUUCAAUGAAAGCUUCAAUGCACUUAAUUUAUGGCUGCCUUUAAUCAAUAAUACACGAAACACUAUUUUCGGUUACUAUUAGUGUCGUUGCUUCUCGUCGGCUUUACCAUAUUGGGAUGAAACAAACAUUGAAGCAAAUAGAGAUGUUGUUGGCGAUGGGAGCAUCAUCCAACUAAAUAUAUCAUAUGCACUCAGUACAGUAAGCCCCUUUCCUCCCCUUCUUCUUCAUCCGACCUUGCUCUCUCACUAUGCUAGUUUCUUUCUCCGUAGCGAUAGAAUCUUACCUAGAAUCACUGAUGCACACAUAUAUACCGUCUCUCCGCUUAUAUUAUCCGUUAUUUACUGCUACAUAGUAAGUACUUAAUAAAUGCGUUGCAGAUCUCGGUCCUUGUUGUGCUCAUGAAACAUCAAUAUAUAUUAAGGAGCAAGAACAAAAGUAUAACGCGCGUGGUUGCCGAGUAACUUUAAAAUCACGUUAGUACUGAGUUUAUGGUGGAUCGCCAUGAUUAAAUAAAAA